AGAGGUAAAACUUUGGUUUUGUAGGGGAAUCUUGAAAAGAACUUCUAGUAGGAGAAUUUGAGUAAAUAUAAGAUGACUAUAGCGGAGUGACAGAAAUUGCCCGCGAAGUAUUACAGACUUCGAGCAGAUCAAGCUUCAGUCGUAGAGCUCGAUCAAAGAUUCAAAGUAGAAAUCCAUUGUUCAGCGUCUGCUUAUUCAGAUUCUGGAACGUAAUUAGGGUUUCUCGAGUGAGAAGCUUUUGGUAUAGUCGUUCCAUUUCCCAGACUUCAAUAGAUGAGGAUCUUACAGUUGGGUCUCGCAAUUGCUUUGACGUCAGGUUUAGGGGCGACUCUCAUCUACAUUGCAGGAGUCUCGAAUUUGUUUGAUGAGAAAUCUAGCAUAUCGGAUGAAGAUUUGAGUGCAUUGCUAGCCUUGCAGAGCGGGUUCAAGAAGUGUGUGAGUGCAAAUGGCUUGGGAUUACAAGCUUUGGAUGGUAGAGAUUAUUGCCAAGUUACAAUCCAGUUUCCUGAUGACACUAUUCCCAAGUGGAGGGAUCCUAAAUCAGGAGAACUUGAAGGCUUGUCAUUCAAUUUUAAUCUCUGCGAAGCUGUUGCUACAUGGGAACGGGUCAGGAAUAGUACAACAAUACUGACAAGGGAAUUUAUUAAUGCUCUACCAAAUGGAUGGGAGGAAUAUGCGUGGCGUAGGAUCAAUAAGGGCAAUCUUCUCAAUCACUGUGAGAAUAGGACACUAUGCAUGGAGAAACUUGCUUUGGUACUCCCUGAAACACCGCCAUUUGUUCCAAGGCAAUUCCGUCGAUGUGCUGUGGUUGGCAACUCUGGAGAUCUUCUGAAAACAAAGUUUGGCAAGGAGAUAGAUGCUUAUGAUGCUGUUGUCAGAGAAAAUGGAGCUCCAGUCCAGAAUUAUACAGAGUAUGUAGGUAGGAAAAGCACAUUUCGCCUUCUUAAUAGGGGAUCUGCCAAGGCACUUGAUAAAGUUGCAGAGUUAGAUGAAACUGGGAAGGAGGUCUUGAUCAUUAAAACCACAAUUCACGACAUCAUGAGCAAAAUGAUUCGGGAGGUUCCAAUACGCAACCCCGUAUAUCUCAUGUUAGGUACAUCUUUUGGUUCAGCUGCAAAAGGAACAGGUCUCAAGGCUCUCGAAUUUGCUCUCUCCGUUUGUGAAUCCGUUGAUAUGUAUGGUUUCACAGUGGAUCCGGGUUAUAAAGAAUGGACUAGAUAUUUCUCUGAGUCUCGUCAGGGGCAUACUCCAUUGCAUGGCAGGGCAUACUACCAGAUGAUGGAAUGUUUGGGACUUGUCAAAAUCCACUCCCCGAUGCGGACUGAUCCUAACCGUGUAGUGAAGUGGGCACCCAGCCGUAGUACGCUAACUGCAGCAAGAAUUGCAUCGGAGAAACAGUUGAGGCAUCCUGGUGCACAGUUCGAGUCUCGGCACUAACCUAGUUGAGGGAAAUCAUCAGGUAGACUAUCUGUGUUCCAUUAGAUCAUCCUUCCACUGUACUAGACCCUGUGGCAGAGAUCCUGGUGAUUGUUCUGUUAAGCGGUCCACCGUGGAUCUUAUGCUAAACUCACCUAGAUCUUUGAAAAUCUUAAAAUACCCAGUUAGCAUCCUUGUUCAGUUGUUCCUCUUCUCUUUUGUUCUUCCUUUUUGACGUGCCAGAAUAGCAAAGUGAGUGGUCUAAGAAAGGGCAAUUUAAUUUGUAUUAGGGCUAUGAAGGGCAGUGCGGCCAAGUCUAUUUUCUGUUAUCAGAGAACCUUAAUAUUUUCAGAGAUCUUUUAAGCAGACAUACCUAGAUUCCUUCUGCUGAGCCACUUAAGGGUAUGAAAUUAUUAGAACAUCUUUGUGGGCUACCUGGUUUUAAGCUUUGAAAAGUUGUUUGAGGUGGUGGCCAUGUCCAUCGGAGGCCUAUGGAUGCCCUAGUAAGGAGGAGUGAUCUGAUCCAGAUAGAAGGGUCUAAAAGAGCUAGGGGUAGGCCAAAAAUGACCAUUGGGGGAAGUUGUGAGGAAAGAUAUGCUCAAAUUAGGUCUUGUUUCAAGUAUGGCCUUGGAUGGCUAGGAUCCAUGUAGCGGACCCCAUCUAGCUGUGUUCUACUUCGUUACUAUUUUUGUCUUUAGUGUCCCUUCACUUUUACCUUUUCUCUUUUCAGUCAUUUCUUGGAUCCAUGUAGCCUACCCCAUUAAGUUGGGAUAAGACUUUGUUGUUGUAAAUGGUGGGAAAAUAUUUUUGACUCAAUGGAGGUUCUUACAUUC